AUGUUCUCCACCCCUCCAGCAGCCCAGCUCCAGGUCCCCUCCACUGAGAUGAAGCCGGAGGCAGUGCGGCGGCGGCUGGUGGGCAGCGUCGUGCAGCGCUUCGAGCAGCGCGGGUUCAGCCUGGUGGCCAUGAAGCUGCUGCAGGGCAUCGUGGACCAGCACUACCAGCAGCUGCGGCAGAAGCCUUUCUACCCCGGGCUGCUCCACAUGACCUCUGCGCCUCUGGUGGCCAUGGUGUGGGAGGGCUACAACGUGGUCAAGUCCACGCGGGCCAUGGUGGGGGACACCAACCCCACGGCGGCGGCGGUGGGCACCAUCCUUCACCACCUUCAGCACGCACAGGCACUGGGGCCGUAG